AUGUCCGCGGGUAAGACAGAUGAUAAUUACGGUGGCAGUCCUGAAAAUGACACUAAACCGCCUCCAACCAGCGCAACAACGGAAUACUGCGCAAAGUUGCAGCAGUGGAUGUGGCAGUAUUACUGGCAGAGCUGGGUGACUCUGACUGCUCUCCCUUUUCCUCCGCCCUGCACUUUCCCACCGCCGGGGACCAGCGCUCAGUCUCCGGGUGCACCUGCUACAACCUCUGGACAGCAGACUUACGACCCGGCAAACUGGUACAACUACCCUUACACCUUCAGCCCCUUCCCAGCAUCCUCCUCUCAACCCGGGCAGAGCUUAGCUACCACCCCGGCUACAGCUUCUGAUGGCCGGCCAGUUCACCAGCAGAACGGGAACCCACCUCAGGCAGGUAUGUCUCUGUUUGACAGAGAGUCUUUGUAGUCAUCAGUGACCUACUUAAUCCAAAAUAACCCAGUGUUCAGCCUCCACUAAUGUGUGGGCUUUAGCCUGGUCAUGAGUCUGACAGAAAGCAGGCUUAAGGAAAUAGCUUCGAGGAAACGAGCUUAAAUACUCAGUUACUCCAUUGCUUGUCUGAGAGCUCUGCUAACUCCAUUACACUUUAAAUAACAUUAAAUAAAUCAGUUGUAUUAGAAUAAACAAUAUAUGUCAUUGUCACAACUGGGCAUAUUAAGAUUGUGACAGGUAUCAAUCACCAGGGGCAUGUCCAGAGAGGGGUGUGUCAGGGUUGGCAGCCCCCAGGAAAUCAAAGAGACCAAGGCUUGUUGUCACACUUUUUACAUUCUUAUAUAUUUCUUUAAAUCAAUACAUAAUAUACAAACAAAAUGUGUACUAGAUGAAAGAAAAGACUCAGGUAUAUAUUUAGUAUUCAUGUCAUUUUCAUAUCUUGUGUCAGUGCAGAGAGAGUGUGAACAUGUGUGACAUGCUGCCCCACCAUCGGGUAAGUUGUCUCACUAUAUGGGGUAAGAUGUCACAGUGGAUUUUGCAGAUAAUAAAACAAGGAGACAUUUUUUUGUUCUCAUUUUAUUACUUGAAAGUGAACAUCAAAGUCAGACACAGAAAAUGUUUAUCAUUGAGCUAGAAGAAGUCAUUGAACAUAGCCAUUGAAGAAACAUAAACAUAAAACAUUACGCAACAUGCUCUGGAGUUUGGAGAGCUGUCUGAUCCUGUAUUUCAUCUGGGGUGAAUGUUUUGCAGUACCGAGACACGGUAUGGUAGUUGACAUUUAAGUCCUUUAUUGUACUCCAGAUUGAUUUAUUAAUGAGGGUCACCUGUCUGACUGCCCUCAGCAUCACAUCAGGUACUGCACUGCCUUGCUCUGUUUUUCUUUUGUAAUUCCUGACCAUGUCUUCUGGCUUUCUCCUCUCUUUUAAACCACUAUUUUCUGCGUAAGUCAAAAUUUCAAUAUGACAACUGCCGACUCUCAAUGUUAAUUUUAAUCCCUUUUAAACAUGUGACAACUAACCCCAAAAUGUGAGACAUGUUUCCCCAAACUACCAUGUUUGCUAAUUCUAGCUCUAGCUUUAAGUUAUCUUAAAACAGGACAAUGACUGAGAUAUGACAGGAUGCCUUAAUGUCUCCUCUAACAAGUCCACAUGUUUCACUUUGGGGAUUUUUAUCUGGAAGAAGCUUAUUUUAAAAUAUAUAAAGUUUUUCUUACUUUGGGUUGUGCAAAAUGGUUGAUUGGCGCUCAUCUCAGCUCACAAUGCGCAUUUCUCUUCUCAGACAGGACACGAACCCUGACCAUGUAAAGGAAUAAAACUAGUAUUCCACUUUUUAGUUGUGCUCUCUGGUGGCAAAGAUAAUUGCAAUGUGACAACUUACCCAUGUGACAACAAGCCUCGGUCUCCCCUAUGUACAGUAUUGGAUUUUUGAUCCCUAGUUACUAUUAUUAUUUCUGACACAAAUGGACAUGAAAUGAUACAUGUAUUGUUGUGGUACUGCUAAGGAUGAUAGUUGUUGUGAUGUUCUGGACAUGUUCACAAGCAUUACAAAUAGCUGCUGUGCUAUCUGAUUGUGACCCUUCAAAAUAAAAGUCUGUGUCGAAGUGCAACAUGAUCGUUUUGUAUUCACACCUAAGACUAAUGUCAAAGGAAAAAGCAUCACAAAGAAAUAAAAGAGAUUUGUAUUUUUCAUCUGUUUUGUAGGACGGGAGUACACUAUCCCCUCUCCUCUGCAGAGGUUCCUGGCUGAGACUGUGGACUUCUUCAUCCUGUUUUGUGUGAAAGCCACAAUUGUCCUCUGGAUCAUGCAUCUUAGUGGUAUGAAGUGAGUGAUGCCGUCAACACCAUUCAGAAAAAAUAGAUCUUUAAAGCUAAAAGGAUAAAGAGACCAAUACUACCUGAACUGUCAUGAGUGAAUUCCAAAGUAUUCUAUCUCUGCUUUAUGAAGGGACAUCGCCAAAUUUGUCACCCAGUUCAUCGUGGAGGAGAUCGAUGAGAACACGUCUAUGGAGGACCUGCAGAAGAUGAUGGUUGUAGCGUUGGUCUACAGGGUGCUGGUCUGUGUCUAUGAGGUGAGUCAGACAUUGUUCUACCUCAAAAUCAGCAAACUUGGUAAUCCAAAAUCAUAACAUAUUGUUGAUUUAAGCUGAUCAUCACUGAAAUGCUGCUUUUUUGUAUAUUCUGCACCUUGUUCCUCCCCUUUUUCUUGAAAAUAAACCCCCUGUAAUCAUAUUUUUCAUCAUUUUCAUCACAUGUGCUUAGGCCUGAACGAUAUAUCGUUUGACUAUCGUCAUCGCGAUGUACGUGUGUGCGAUAGUCACAUCGCAGAGCCUGCGAUAUUGGAGGUGAAUGAACUCAUUUAAUUUCAAGGGUAACCGACUGAGAUACACUCCAUGUGACUCUGCAUGUGCUGUGCAGCGAUCCACCAAUCGCCUUCGUCCUUAACUCAGUUGCCAAUCAGACUCACUUCUCAGUUGCCAAUCAGACUGCCCUGCCAGCUGUCAAUCAAAAUCAGGGAGGAGAAAACCCACCCCUGCACAUGUUCUGCACAUGGAGGGAGACGUGUGUCCGCUGAGAAUUACUUUCGGAACUUAACUGACUGUUAAGCCCAACAAAUAAGAACUGUAUGGGUUUUAAAUUGUAUAUUUCCGUGGACCACUCUACUAUAAGCAGUGCGCGUUUUGCGAGGUGCAUGCAAUUCUCGGAGGACAUGCGUUUCUCGGCACAACACCGCUAACAACAACAACAACGAUCGCAAAAUGAACAACGAACAAGCGAAAACCACCGAAAAUGAAGAUUUGUUGCCAAAAAGAAAAGGAAAGUCAGUUAUCUGGAAUUAUUUCGGUUAAAAGAAGGAUGAUGUCGACCAAAACACGUCUUCUGUGUUCAUCUGUCGCCACAAUAACGUCCCAGCACAAUAAAAGCUAAAAAUAUCUCUGAGACAGACAGAAGCCGUUCUACUAACAUUCACAAAAAGAGGUAAGAUCAGAGCAGAUUAACUGUCCUCAAGAUUUCAGCAGUGCAGCAUAACAUUAAGUGCUAUUCAGGUCAUCUGGUGAAAAUACUGUAUUUUUAAUAUCGCAAUAUAUAUCGCAGGGUUGAAAAAAUCGCAAUAUUAUUUUUUUCCAAUAUCGUGCAGCCUUACAUGCGCUUGUUCUUCUUCAAUUAAAAGAGUCAGAGUUGUACAGCACAACAGUGCUGCCCACAGAGGACAGUGAUGCAACGUUGCAUGCACAGUUGCCUGAUAUGAAAUCAUAUAUCGCAGCUCUUGUUAAUCGAGUGUGUCAGUAGCUUGUUUUCCCAGGUGAGCGAUUCCUCUGAGACGUUUAGACUCAAACUGAUUCCAUCUGGCAUGUUUUUUUUAUUCAUGUCUUGCUCAGUUUGACCCUGUUUGAAUAAACAUGGAUAUUGAUUUAAUAGCUUCUAACUCCUGUAUGUGACUGAGUUUCAUCAUUAAGUAUCCUACUGUGAAUGUGAAUGUGUCAUUUCGGGUCUUCCUCCAGGUGAUCUGUAUUUGGGGCGCCGGAGGUGCCACUCCGGGGAAAUUCCUGCUUGGCUUGCGAGUGGUGACAUGUGACACAUCCACUCUGGUCCAACCAAACCGAGUCUUUGUUGUCCCAGCGUCUAAUGUUUCCCUCUCUGCGUGAGUUGUCUCAUUUUAGCUUCUUUCGCUGCUUUUUUGAAGUGGUAGUAAAAACAAAACAAUUUUAACAGCUAGAAAGAGCCCUUAAAAAUAACCUGCUUUGUUAGUUGUUAGUUGUCUUACAUCAUGUGCUGUCUCUCCUGUCUUCCUCUUCACAGCUCCACAGUGCGGGCUCUCAACAAAAACUUCUCCAUCGCCUUCCUCUUUCCCGUCUUCAUCACUCUCCUCUUCUUCCAGCACAACAGGACUGUGUAUGACAUUGUGGCAGGAACCAUUGUUGUUCAGCGCAGAGGAGGCAGAUAG